GGUUUUCUAGAGGAACUCAAACGCAACGAAAUGUCGGAGUUUGUCAAAGACUCAGAGAACAUGAGUGACCUCAACAAACAAACUAUCAUAAAGAUUCGUGAACUUCAGACUCGCUGGUCAGCGGUGCUUGCCUGGGCAACCAAGAGAACGGUGUAUCUGAAUACCGUGAUAGCAAACUGGCGAGAGUUCAGACAACAUGAAGUAACAGCGACUGAGUUUAUUGAUGGCAAAGAGAAAGAUCUUCAAGGAAUUCAUGAAGAAGUCAAAGCUGGCAGUGAUGAACUUACUAAGGAGAAAGUUGGCCAACUUGAG